CCCUGUCCUUGGCCACCCUGUACUUAAUAUCGCAUCGAAGAUAUUUUUCACCGAAAAAAAAUACAUCUGUGUGUUUUCGCUGAUUCGCUGAUUUAAAGAAUCGAGGAAUGUGCCAAGCCGUUGGUAAAUAACCAUUACUUUUUAGUCCGACCCAUUUAAUUGCGAAUUAUGUCGUCCAUUAUCACGCGCAAGGAUGGCGAAGUCGACGACCGCAAAUUGUCCAAAAAGCGCGCUGCCGCCUCCGAAUCCAGUGGCCUCGAAGCGCCCAAGAAAUCCCGCUUCGAUGUCCUGGACAAGAAUGGUGCUGGUGGCGCCGACCACAAGGAGGCGGAUGCGGCUGCGGCUGCAGCCGCCUCGCUGAGCUCCACGCAGAUCAAGCUGAUGAUGGCCCAUGCCCAGCGGGAAAUCGAGGAACGCAAGCGGGCACUGAGUAAUCUGCGGGACAAGGAUCCCCUGCUGGCGUCGGUGCCCUCGAUCGGCAUGCCCGUGGCCCUGGCCACCCAGGCGCUGUCCAAGAAGCCCACGCCCGAGGACUCGGAGAAGGCCAGAAAGAUCGCCGAGCUGCAGGCGCAGAUCAGGGCCAAGCUCACCGGCAAUCUGGCCAACUUGAUUCAGCCCACGGCAGUGGCGGCCGCAGCUGCAGCCGCUGCCCAGGCGCAGGAGCGGCCCAAGCCGCUGAUCCUCGACGAGGAGGGGCGCACUGUGGACAAGAGCGGACGUACGAUCAAUAUACCCACAGUGACACCCACGCUCAAGGCCAACAUUCGGGCCAAAAAGCGUGAGGUGUUCCAGCGCCAAACGGGCCUGGGGGAACGCGGUGAGUCCGCCACGUCGGCCCAGGAUGAGGCCAUCAAGUACUUUGAUGACCGCAUUGCCCAGAAGCCCACCGUUCGAAACAAAAGGACACUGCGGUUCCACGAGCCCGGCAAAUUCCAGCAGCUAGCCGAACGGAUGCGCAUGAAGAGCCAGCUGGAGCGGCUGCAGAACGAGAUAUCGCAAAUAGCCCGGAAGACGGGCAUCUCGUCGGCCACCAAGCUGGCACUGAUUGCGCCCAAGCAGGACAUGCCCGACGAUGUGCCCGCCAUGGAGUGGUGGGACUCAGUCAUACUCACCCAGGAUCUGGAGACGCUGGACGAGGCAAGCGGUAAGAUAAGCAUUCGCCAGACAGCCAUAAGCAACCUCAUAGAGCACCCCACACAAAUGAAGCCGCCAAAUGAGCCCAUGAAGCCGGUGUACCUACCCGUAUUCCUCACCAAAAAGGAGCGCAAGAAGCUGCGACGUCAGAACCGUCGGGAGGCCUGGAAGGAGGAGCAGGAGAAGAUCCGCCUGGGUUUGGUCGCCCCACCAGAACCCAAGCUGCGCAUAUCGAAUCUAAUGAGAGUGCUGGGCUCGGAAGCCGUGCAGGACCCCACCAAAAUGGAGCAGCAUGUGCGCGAGCAGAUGGCCAAGCGGCAGAAGGCGCACGAGGAUGCCAACAAUGCGCGCAAGCUGACCAGCGAGCAGAAGAGCGAGAAGAAGCAGCGCAAGCUGAAGGAGGACACCAGCUGCGGCGUGCAUGUGAGCGUGUAUCGCAUCCGAGAUCUGCAGGACAACCAGAGCAAGAAGUUCAAAGUGGAGACCAACGCCAAGCAGCUGCAGAUGACCGGCAGCGUGGUGUUGUUCCGCGAUUGCUGUGUGGUCGUCGUGGAGGGCGGCCCCAAGCAGCAGAAAAAGUAUCGCCGACUUAUGCUGACGCGCAUCAAGUGGGAGGAGGACUUGGCCAAGGGCAACGACGGCCAGGAUGUGCCCAACUCGUGCGUGCUCGUCUGGGAGGGAACUAGUCAGCGCCGCCACUUCGGCGAGAUCAAGUUUAAGAUCUUUCCCAUGGAGAAAAUGGCCCGCGAGUUUUUCCAGAAGCACCAGGUCGAGCACUACUGGGAUCUGGCCUAUUCAGGGGCCGUACUUGAGGCCUCCACGGAUCAGCAGUAGGAGGUCGCUGGCAAUGCGACCAAAAGCAUUUUAGGAUUUACUAGUUACCGUACUACAAAUUCACUUUCGAAAAGACACAAGUCUGAAUUGAUGUUUUGAAGCGCUACGCAUUUGAUAUGUUAUCUGUCUCGGAGCCUUUCGGAACCUUUUGGAAGUGCAAAAACUAUUAAUAAAUGUUUUUUCAGGACUCUAAA